AUGGCCAAGCGGAAUAACCAUCUAUUUACGCUCGCCGUCUUGUUUAUUGCCGUCUUGUUGGCGUACAGGCAGCGCAAUAAGAAUCCGCCAUACACGCCUCCAUCAACAACAGACAACAUUUACUAUCCAUCACCGACGACUGCAACAACGGCAAGCACAAUGACGCAUCUUCCUCACCCACACAUUUCAGAGGCACGACAGCUCCCCAAACAAGUCUUUGCGCUCCUUUCACGCAUUCCCUCUCCUUUGCCAUUGAUCUGGGCACUGAUUAUCUGGAUAUAUCAUCUCAUACUCUCCAUCUCUACGCCCAUUCGCAUCGUCUUCGACGCUCUGAGCGUCAUCUUUGCCCCAUCAUCUUACUUCUCUCCGCAACAUAUCACUAUCUGGUCGCAAUCCCAACUGGAAUCGCACUCUCAAUUGGACGAACACUCUACCCGCUCUACGUCUUUGCCGCCACGGCCAUUCUAUUUGGUGCCCUUGUCGGAGGACGAUGUAUCGAUUAGGCAUGUCCUCGAAAUCUUCGCUCCAUCGUUCAAGCCACCAGAGGGAUCAGCAAAGCCGACCGAGGAGAGUAGAAUCGCGAGUAAAAUCGUUCAUAUUCUCAGCCAAUUACCGGAGCCAUUCGACCUCGUCCGCUUCAACCAACUAAUUGGUGAGGAGACAUGGGACGACGACAGCGAGAGGUACAUUUCUGACCGCCAGACGCUCCUCACGAGUCUCAUCUCGCCCCCCUCUUGUGGCGAUGAGGAGGGCGAAAGUGAACGUCUUGAUGGACAUGGUCCUCUCGUUUUUCUCUCCCAAACAGCGGAGAAUCCCAAACUCGUUGUCUUGAGCAACGCCCACGAGUACCUCCAACCCGGAAGCUCAUUGGAACAGUCUAUCUCGUACGUUGCGGCGGAUGGACGCAAAAGCCGCACGUCACUCCUCAUCUCGACUUCGGACCCGAGUAUUGUGAACGAAGCGGUGUGGAGUGCGCUCGACUAUGCCGCGUGCGGUGGCACGACAAGUUCCGCGUGGUAUCAAACGCUUCAACAUCGUCUCACUACCGCCGGGAGGUCAGCCUCAAGACCAUCUGACAUCCCGAAUGCGUCAGAGACGCAAUUGCUUAUUCUUCCUACGAGAGGAUUUGGCGCGGUAGGACAGGGUUGGGAAACUACCCCGAUGUAUGCGACGAUAGACAUGCAGGAACUGGAGAGGACGAUGACAUUACCACUGUCACAGGAGGUGGAGACAACGGCAGAUCCAGAAGACGUCCAAAGAUCACAGAUAUGUGGGCGGAUUAUGCCUCGUCAACAUCCCGUCGACCCUCCACAAACACUGGAGCCGCUCCUGCCAGACGCUGGGCUGCCGACCACACCCGAGAACUUGCACCCUACAAUCGACGUAUCCUCUUAUUCGAGCGAGCUCCAGUCACUUGUAGCUGCCAUCCUCAACGUCGCGGAUGGGAAACCGAACAUCUACGUCGGCUAUGCAGCCGUUCGUGACGUGGUAGGAAAUAGAAAGCGAGUCAAGUCUCUAGGAUGGAGGAAUUUUUCAUAUAUUGUCGAAGCCGCUGUUUCAAAAGGGUACAUUGUCCACGCUGGCGAACAUGGAAAAGGUGGACUCUUACUACUCAAGGCAUCCCCUUUCGCAUCCCAAGCGAAUAAGGCCGAAAUGCUGCCAGUCGAGACCUUGGCAUCCCGAACAGGAUCACCCUCCACCCUAACGACGAGUCUACAUUCAUCUAUGGUAUCAGAAGACACGCAGAGCCAAGCAUCUGAUGUGGACCCUAAUGCCUUUCCCGUACCUUUUCGGCUCCUGAUCGUGGCGAUCCUCGAGCUCUCUGGCGGGAGACCUGAUGUUCUCAUUGAUUAUGUCGAACUACGCAGUAAAGUGGGAAACUUUCGUGCCGUUAGAGCCAUGGGAUGGAGGACGUUUACGCAGCUCAUCCGAGAGGCUGUGGCCGCUGGUUAUGUUGACCAUGUCGUUCGCCAAGGGCUUGAUCGUGUAAAACUGAGAGCUGAUCCGUUUGCUGGACCUGGAUGGAUCCCGCCCACGGACCCGUCGACUACGCCAAUCACACGGCCCUGGGCCCGUCCAGCCGUAUCGAUCGACCAUACGCAGUACCCACCCAACUUUCAAAAGCUAAUGGCGGCUGUCAUCUCGCUCAGCCGCGGCGUCUUCGAUACGCCCGUCAGCGCCAAAUCCGUACGGACUCUGGUGGGUAAAAAGGAGGAGAUUAGAAAGAUGGGUUGGGUCACAUUUUCGAGUCUGGUGGAUGCAGCAUGCGAAAAGGGGUAUAUUCGAACAGGGGGGCUAGAGGGGGACAAACGGAUUAUGCUCUUGCCUUUCAACCCGAAUGCGUGA